UUUUUAAUUGUUCCCAAACUGAAACAUGUUAAAUUUACACGAUAUGGUAGAAGAUGGAAGUCUAGAGAGUCUAGGUUCUGGUCCUAGAUCUGGCACAUAAUUUACAUAAGCACAUAGCAAUAUAACACAGGCUAGUAGUAAUGUAACAAAUAACAUGAAUCAACCUGAGAAUUUACACAUGUCCAUAAUCCAUAAGGAAUCCAUGGUCCAUUAGUUCAUGUGCCAGAAAUCCAAUAGUUCCCUGUAAGCUCUGAAGUACUGCAAAAGUCUCAUCAACAAUUUUUCAUCUCAAGGAAUCUAAUGAUUCUUGCUGGUUUUUCAAGAACUAAAACAGUCUCAUCUUGUGUUAGGAAAUCCAAUGAUUCCUGAAGAUUUUAAAAGUCCUUUUAACAGUCUCAUUGUUAGCCAUACUCUUUCAGUGUCAGAUGCUUCUUAAAUCUCCUUUGUUUUGAAGUUUUUCUCUUUCUGUUUCAUCUCAGGAAAUCCAAUGAUUGUUGCUGGUUUUUCAGGAACUGAAAGCUGAAGAUUUUAAAGUUCUUUUAACAGUCUCAUUGUCAGCCAUCUGAUUCCUUCUCCACCUGUGGAAAUAUAAGCAGACCCUUUCCCCCAAGCAGUUAACCUAUCUAAUUCCCUUCUAUUUACCACUUUGGGGAUUUCUCCUCAGCAUCUAGUAAUUACAUUGGAGCUGUUUGCACUGGACACUGCCCAGUUGGGUUAAAAAAUCUAUAUUCUCCCCAACUCUAAUUCUGAUUGCUUUUCUGUUGGUUGAUGACAUCAGAGUCCUGAAUUUCUAAAGUCUCUCUGGGUGUAACCUCAAACCUCUCUGAGCGUCAUUUUUACUUUUCCAUAAAUGAGUUAAGACUUAUGAGUGAUCUGCAAGCACACUUCUCUGACUCUCUUGGAAUAGCUGCUGAAAAAUACAGAGGAAAGCCCCCUCACUCAGGAUACCACAGAGUAACACCGUCCUUCAAAUCCCUUUCCAGCCCCUGCACAGAAAAGGAAGCAGGCUAUAAAUGAGGUGCCCUUGCACAAUACCUGCAAGGGAGAACUCUUAAAAUACUUUCAGGCACUUUCCCAAGCUGGGUGGAAGGGGGUGGGGGUGGGGUAGGUUGGAACAGUGGGUAUGGAGAUCAGAAGCAGCAGUUAGUCUCUGAUCACUCUGCCUGAGAGAAUUAUCUGGCCUGCCUUUAUAGGCUUAAUAAGAGAUGGCUGGAAAGGGAAGUGAAGUAAAUCCUUUAACUCCCCAGCAACUCCUUGAGCUCAGCUCUAGAGGCAACACAGCCUGCCACCCCAUCUUAUCUCCUAGCUACUAACACUGUUGACUCGAGCCCACUUUACAGGGUCUCCUCAGGCCAGCCAGCUGUGACAGUGGCCAGGUAAGGGGAACCUGUCUGGCCCAGCCAGAUCCCAGCCCAUAGCCAGGCUGCCUUUUCCCAUUAGUUUUAGGAGGGAAUAAGUUCUCCCUCAGAGCCCCAGCCACUGUCUUGGCCUUUUUUCCUUCUCCCCUCCUGCUUCUUGUUCUGAGCAGGCCAAGCAUCUCUGAUCUGCCUCUUGGGUCAGAAGGUCAGGCUCCAGGGUCACUGGGAUUUCUUUUACUCGAAAUGUCAGAGGAAAUCACUCCCUAGGGUCCCUGGACCUCUGAGGAGUCUGCUGAUGGAUUGAAAGGGGCAGAUUCUUGGCGGGCCCUUUGUCCCGCUACCCCACUUUUGAUCUUUGUAGUGGGAGGGCCCGGAGCUUUUCCUACCCCCCCCCCUUCCACUUCCAAGCCUGUUAAAGGGGCCCUGGCUGGAGCCAGUCUUGGAAGAGCAAUACCUCAGGCAGAAUUCAUGUGGCAAUUCACUUCUCCUCCGCCUCCACGAGCCGCUCAGACAGAUUUGUCCAGGGUCUUUGUCUCAAUUGAGGUUGGGAAGAGGAACACAGGGAGUAGGGACCUCAUGUGGGGACCGAGUCAAUUUAAACUGCAGACUUAAAUAUAUGAAAUCUGUCACAAAACAGCCCAGUUUACUCUUGGAAGGGGUGGAGAUGCUCUCUUUGCUUGUACUAAUAUGAUCUUAGUAUAGAAACAUUUGAAAAAUGGCCCACUGAAUAUUAACCAAAAUAGAGAGUCAACAUAUUGCAGAAGAAAGAGGCACUCGAGUGGUUGGUCAGCUCCACACGACAAACUCUCUGUGUGUCCUUACAUCUGUUAGUUCCCAUCUAGCGCCUCAGCCUUCUCAUCUCUAAAAUGGAGAGGAUUACAGCAGAUGACCUUGUUGGCUCUUCUGCCAAUGUUGUUGGGCUCUAGGACUCUGGUUUUGGUUUUUUUUUUUUUUUUUUUUUUUUUUAAAACAGCUCCCAAAAUAUAGCUGGGAGGACAUCAAAAAUAAAUAAAGGGUCCAAAAUGGACGAAGAAGAGGAUGGAUCUUGGAAACAGGAAAUAGAGGAGUUUGUUCUUCUCUCUUUUGUUUGGAUAGGAACCAGAUGUAGGAACAAAUUUUAUUUUAUUUUUUCCACUAGAAAGUGUUACGGGACCUGCAGUCAAAAGGUCCUGGGAUUGUCUGAUCUUAGACAAGUCCCAUUCUCAGGGCCCAGUUUCCUGAACCCCAACUCUAAAUCUGUCCUAGGUAUACUAUUAUAUUUUUGAGCAUCUGCUAUUUGUUUAACUAUUAGGUUUCCAAAAUGUAAGGCUGGCUCUUUAUACUCUCGCCAAGGACCAUUCAUUCCAACUAAGGAGAUAAGCUAUCUGUGGCAGGGCAAACAAUGCCAUAUUGUGGAUGAUAAGAACCUGGAAGAUAAGAACAGACAAAUGUUGUAAAACUUCAAAAAAGAUAAGGGAUGCUUAGCUUGAGAUGUACUAAGAAAGGCUUUACUGGAGUCCUGGUGAGAUUUCAGUUCACCGGAACAGAAGUGAGUGCAAGGGAUAAUGCUGUAAAAUAUUACCCUGGCAUGGGUUCUGUCAAUAAAAAGUUUAAAAAAAAAAAGAGAGAUUUCAGUUCACCCUUGAAAGAUUUAUAGAAUUUUGAAUAAAUGAUAAAUAAAUAAAACCAAUUAAGAAUCUCCAAAUUUGGUCAUUGGACAUAUUUGCAAUUUUCUGGUGAAAAUAUACAGAUCUCCUGUGUAUCUAGUAGCAAAAAGUCAGGCUUUAAAACUUAUUUGACUUGAUGUGAGGAAACCUGGAUUUUUGUUCCAGCCCUGGCUUUAUUGAUAUGUAACGUGGGUGAGGACACAGUACACGAGAAAAUACCAAGUAGUAAAUAGAGCAUUAGAUCUAGGUUCUAGUCUUGGUCCUGUCAUUAGGUGUGUGACAUUGCCUUGGUCAUCUGAAUUCCCCAAGUCUGUUUUCUCACUUGUAAAAUGUGAGCAUCGGUCUCGAGGUUGAUUUCCACAGUCCUCGUGGUUCUCUGAGUAUAUUGUGUGUGCUCUCCAGGGCUCAUUUGCCAUCUGGAAAAUAGUAUGUGUCAAGAUCGACACCCCUAGAACUAUCAAGAAAUGUGAAAUAUGGAUUUGGAGGCAUUCUAGGCUAGCAUUAACAAUGAUACUGGGAGGUGGGGGGAGGAAAUGAAACUAACCUAAAUGGUCUGGGAAGAUCAGGGAGAAGAGAGCUUUGGAGUCCUGAGCAGAUGAGAAUCCCCAGUCACAGAAUAGUAGACCUUGAUCUGUCUGGCAGCCCAAUCCCCUCUCUUAUCAAGCUGCAGACUAGAAUAUGGCUUUACAGCCCAGUGGUCUCCGUUGACCCAUACUAACUCUUUUGUGUGUAUUUGUGUGUGUCCGGGCUAGGUAACACAUGACCAAUGAUCCAUACCUUCCCUGAAAAUAGGUAUUUCCUUUCUCCUGCCUCCCAUUCUCAUCCCAUGGUGGGAACCUUGAUUUCCCUAAUUAAUCUGCCAAGACAGUUGGUCUGAGGUUAGUGGUGCUUCAAUUCUCAAAGCCCAGACUCAGAUUACAACUGCCUACUCCCACCUCCUCUGUCUCUGUCUCCCUCCCUUCUUUUUGCUUCUCUUUCUCUGUUUCUUUUUCUCUCCCUCCUUUUCUGUUUCUCCUCUCUCCCAUUUUCUUUCUCUCCCUCCUUUUCUUUCUCUCUCCUCCUUUCUCUCUCUGCCUGUUUCUGUCUCUCUUCCUCGUUCUCUCCCUGUCUCUGUCUCUCUCCCCCUUUCUUUCUUUCCCCAUUUCUCCCUCUUUCUCUUCCUCUUUCUCUCCAUUUCCCCAUUUUCUCCCUCUUUACCUCUUUUUCUGUUUCUCUCCCCCUUCCUCUCUCUCCCUCCCUCUUUCCCCCUAUUUCUCCCUCUCUCCCUCCUUUUCUCUCUCCUCCCUUCUCUCUCCCUGUUUCUGUCUCUGUCUCUCUCCCCCUCCCCCUCUCUCGCCAGGGAUGGGCCUCUUCCUUUCCCCCUAGGACUCCCCUCCUCACCAUACUUGUCUCCCCCUCUCUCAGUCAGUCAGCUCCACAGUUCCCCAGACUGGUGGCUGUACCUCCCUCUCCCCGCCCCACCCCCAUUCUCCUUUCACUGCCCUGGCCAGCCCCUGGGAGCCACUGAGGGCUGUUUGGGAACAAGCCUGAGGAGGCUGGGGAGGGGCCGAGAACCACAUGGACUGAUUCAUUCAGAAGCAGGAGAUGCCCUGGGUCCUGUCCUGCCUUCUUAGCCCUGUCUCAGCAACACUAGCCCACAGCCUCUCCCCAAUGGAUCUGAGAGCGCUAAGCCAUUCCACUCCAGGAGGACCCAGCAUCUAAUGCACUCACUGGCUUCAGGUAGAUCCAGGGAACAGGGAGAAAGGAGGUUGUGAAUCCGGUGAAUUUAGGCAAAGAAGAUAAGUCAAAUCACUAGAGGAGAGAAAGAACUGACUGGAGCACAGGGGAAGAGAGAAACCCCGAGAAGAGCGAGCUGUUCAGAAGGAGGAAGCGAGCCAAGGGCCCCCACAGUGUGGAUGCCUGCAGGGAGAGUGGGACCGGGGAGCUGGAGGAGGUGCUGGGGGCUGGUGGCGGGGGAAGGCCGGGGCUAUGAUCCUCAUGCCGGCCCUGCUGCUGAUCCUGACCCUGUUUUCAGGGCUAACUGAGGGGGCCAGCCUCCAGCCUGAACCUGUGAGCCACCCAGGUGUGUGCCCCAACCAGCUCAAUCCCAACCUGUGGGUGGAUGCCCAGAGCACCUGUGAGAGGGAAUGCCAUGUGGAUCAGGACUGCAGCGGGUUUGAAAAGUGCUGCACCAACGUGUGCGGCUUGCGGAGCUGUGUGGCGGCCCGCUUUGCCGACGGGAGCUCGGCCACCCCGGCGCCGGCCGCCUCCUGCGAGAGCUUCGUCUGCCCCCAGCAGGGCUCCGACUGCGACAUCUGGGACGGCCAGCCCUUGUGCAAGUGCCGCGACCGCUGCGAGAAGGAGCCCAACUUCACCUGCGCCUCGGACGGCCUCACUUACUACAACCGCUGCUACAUGGACGCCGAGGCCUGCCUGCGGGGCCUCCGCCUCAGCGUGGUCCCCUGCAAGUACGUCUUCAGCUGGCCCCACACCAGCCCCGGGCCUCCCGAGACCACCGCCCCCCCCACGCCGGGCGCGGCCCCCGACGUGCCCAUCCCGCCCGCCCUCUACAGCAACCCCUUCCACCAGUCCGUCUACGCCGGGGGCACGGCCAGCUUCCACUGCGACGUGAGCGGCCGCCCCCCGCCCGACAUCACCUGGGAGAAGCAGAGCGAUCAGCGCGAGAACUUCAUCAUGCGGCCCGACCAGAUGUACGGCAACGUGGUGGUCACCAACAUCGGGCAGCUGGUGGUCUACAAUGCGCGGCCCGAGGAUGCCGGCCUCUACACGUGCACCGCCCGCAACGCCGCCGGCCUCCUCCGGGCCGACUUCCCCCUCUCCGUCAUCCAGCGGGAGCCCCCGAGAGGGGAGCCCCCGGCCCCCAGCCCGCCCCCGCCCGCGCCGAUGGAGUGUCUGAAGGAGCCCGACCGCCAGGCCUGCCAGGGCGCCGGCGGCCGAGUACGGUGGCACUUCGAUGCCAAAAGGGGCGGCUGCACCACCUUCCGAGACAACGGCUGCGACGGGGGCAACGGCAACCGGUUUGAGACCUACGAGGCCUGCCAGCGGGCCUGUGCGCGGGGCCCCGGGGAUGUGUGCGCCCUGCCCGCCGUGCAGGGGCCUUGCCGGAGCUGGGAGGCUCGCUGGGCCUACAGCCCGCUCCUUAAACAGUGCCAUUCUUUUGUGUAUGGGGGCUGUGAGGGCAACGCCAACAACUUCGAAAGCCGCGAGAGCUGCGAAGACGCGUGCCCUUUCCCCCGGACGCUGCCCUGCAAGGCCUGCAGGCUCAAAAGCAAGAUGGCGCUGAGCCUGUGCCGCAGUGACUUUGCCAUCAUCGGGCGCCUGACCGAAGUGAUCGAGGAGCCCGACGCCGGCAUUGCCCGCUUCACCCUGGAGGGCGUGCUCAAGGAUGAUAAGAUGGGGCUCAAGUUCUUUGACACCAAGUAUCUGGAGGUGACGCUGACAGGCAUGGACUGGGACUGCCCCUGUCCCAACAUGACGGCGGGCGACGGGCCGCUGGUCAUCAUGGGGGAGGUGCACGACGGGGUCGCCGUGCUCCACCCCAGCAGCUACGUCAGGGCCGCCAGCGACAAGCGGGUCAAGAAGAUCUUGGAGCUGAUCGAGAAGAAGGCCUGCGAGCUGCUCAACCGUUUUCAGGACUGAGCCUGGGGGUCCCUGAAGGCCGAGUUCCGGCCGGCGCCCCACUCAGCCGGUGUUCUCCAGUCGGUGCAUAAAAAGUAUUUCUCUCUCACGGCCUUGUGGCCCUUCUGCCGAGGGCAGGGACCCGGAGGGGCCGGCAGCAGUGCCCGCCUAACGGCCUGGCCAGACGCCCGCCCCCACAGCCGUAGGAACAUGACUUCUCUCCCAAACAUGGCCAGCUCCAGACCCGGGGGCAUCGCCUCUGGGUCAGCGGGAAGAGAGGAGGGCGGAACUGGGUCGGGGAGUCAGUCGCCUUCUCCUUCCCCCUGGUGCUUCCUGUUCCCGGACAGCUUUGGGGUUCCCUGUGUAGCCCUGGUCUGGGCUGGGGUCAGAGUUCAGUGGGAACAGAUAGGAAGGGAAAGGGUCAGAACUCACAGAAGAGGAGGCCUCCUUAGAUCCCAGGCAGACAAACCUGAACCUUCAUGCGGGGACCUCCCUGGGGAAAGGGCAACGUCUCCUCCUGGCAGUCAGUCAGGGCCUGUUCUUGUCCUCCGGGUUGGGACUCAGAGGUUAAGAAAGGGAACCAUUUGAUCAGCUGUGGUUGCUGAGAGACAAGGCAAACAGGGCCCCUACAGAGGCCUCUCAGCCUGGGGUACUGGCCAGAAAGAUGGGAGGGGAAAAGAACUGGGGGCCCAGAGGUGGCUGUUGCUUCAGAGAUAGUGGGGGGAGGGAGGGAAGGCAGAGGGACAGAGCUCUUCCAGGAGCUUCUAGAGAGCUCCAGCCCUCGGGGAGGAAAGGUUUGCAGGGGAAGCAGGCCUCAGAAGGGGGUGCAACGGCUCUUUCACCCUAAAGAGACCCAGCGCCUUCCCCUGACCACAGGAUAAAGGCCUCUCUCCAGCCAGAGCUGAUUCGGCAGCCCCCAUCACUAACGGGGGCACCUAGUUUCUAAGCGCCAGCUUUCCCGGCCCCUGGUUCUGGGAGGCAGCCCCUUUUUACUUCCCAGCUUCCUUUCCCUGACCCCAAGUCCAGCGAGGCACAAGCAGUCCCUUCUCAGCACGGCCGCCAGGGGGAGCCUCGACUCCACCGAGGGAUGCUCCCGAGUCUGCUGCUGAGGUCCCUUGGUUCCCAUUUUCUGGAUCAAGGGCUC